AUGAUGACCGCCAAGACCCUAGACAAAAUCCCGGUCAGCCUCGGCGGGUUCGUGCCCCAGCUCCCUGAAGGCCUUUACCCCGUGGAUGACAUCGCGACCUCGCUGCCCCCUUCCGUGGCCAUCUUCCCUAACGGGGAUUUGGGAGGAACGUUUGACCAGCUGAGCGGCGCGACCGGAGAUGGCCUGACCGGCGCGGACAUGUGCGACAAGAGAGCCCUGGAGCUGCCCUACGCCUGCAGCGGCUUCGCCCCGCCGGGGCGCGCCCCCCAGCCCUUCACCUACAUGGGCAAGUUCUCCAUCGACCCGCCGUACCCCGCCGGCUGCUACCCGCCCGACGGCAUCCUCAACUUGGUGGGCGCCGGCGUCCUGCAGGGGGUGGCCGCCCCCGCCGCCCCGCCCGCCCCGUCGGCCGCCUCCCCCAACCCGCUGGGCUGCGCCGGGCCGCCCCCCGCCGGCGAGCUGGAGCCCCUCUACUCGCCGCCGCCCUACUCCGCCUGCGGGGAGCUCUACCAGCCGGCGGGGGGGCAGCAGCAGCAGCAGCAGCAGCAGGCGCGCUCCGACGGCGCGUACCUGGGCGCCUCGGCCGGGCCCUACCCGCCGCCCCCGUCCUACCACCACUCCCAAAAGGCGGCGGCGGCGGCGGGGGGGGACGGCGGGGGCCUCUUCUCCAUGCUGGCGGACUACCCGGGCUUCUUCCCCCCGCCGCCGCCGUCGUGCAGCCCGCGGGACCUGGAGCGCAAGCCCUUCCCCUGCGCGCUGGACCCCACGCGCGCCCCCCCGCCGCCGCUCACGCCCCUCUCCACCAUCCGCAACUUCACGCGGGGCGAGGGCCCGCCGCCCCGCCCGCCCCCCGCCGCCGCCGGCCCCUACGGCAGCCCGCCCCACCUGCCCCUGCGGCCCAUCCUGCGGCCCCGCAAGUACCCCAACCGGCCCAGCAAGACGCCCGUGCACGAGCGGCCCUACCCCUGCCCGGCGCAGGGCUGCGACCGCCGCUUCUCGCGCUCCGACGAGCUCACGCGCCACAUCCGCAUCCACACGGGCCACAAGCCCUUCCAGUGCCGCAUCUGCCUGCGCAACUUCAGCCGCAGCGACCACCUCACCACCCACGUGCGCACCCACACCGGCGAGAAGCCCUUCGCCUGCGACUUCUGCGGCCGCCGCUUCGCCCGCUCCGACGAGAGGAAGCGCCACACCAAGAUCCACCUGCGCCAGAAGGAGCGCAAGGCCGCCCCCCCGGGCGCCCCCCCCUCGGGCGGCGCCCCCCGCACCCGGACGCCCUGA